GUAUUCGGCGUGUGCUCCGCACUUAUUGAUUAAUGUGAUCACACUAGCAUACAAUGGGAGAUAAGAAAACGCCCGCUUCUACGGGGAAUAAUCAUGCCAAGGAAGGAUCAAAGCCCACACCAGCUACCACACAUAUCACCACACGCUCUCAUCAGAAAGCUGCGGCUUUGAAGAAAGCCAAUGGUACUCACAUUGGUGAUGGUAGUAUCGGAGAUGCAAGUACAAACACAAGCACAGACACGCCAUCUGUUUCUGUAUCUGCAAAUCAAGCACAAAUAGCUGGGAAUAGUGCACCAUCGGUGGGCGUAGAGGGGAGUUUGGUAUCUACAAGUGAUGCUGCAGAUGCAGAAGAGUCGACUUUGCCACAGUCAGAUGGAGGUGCAAGUGUAGUGAAGGAUGCUCCUGCGCCGGCUGGUACUAAAUCGCAGACCGCACCUGCUGGACUGUCUGAAAAUACAGCAAGUACGCACACGGGCGGGAUAUCCAGUACAACAAGAAGUAGAACCACUCGAACUUGCCAGGCUGUAGCUGCGGGUGUGGCUGAGGCUGCAAGGGGGGUAAUGGGACAGAGUAUUGUACAGAGUACUGUACUGGCAAGCACAGAACAAAAUAAGUCAGCACUCAAUAAUAGUCCGGCGCAAAGACCUGUGAAUAGUAUACCGAAUGAAGAUACUGGUACACCACCGACGGCGAAUACUACUACAGCCUCGAGUGUAGUUACAAACACCACGGCGCAUGCGAACACGGGUACAAAUACAAACACAGCUACAAAUACACACAUAAAUACUGAUACAGAUACAGACACAAAUACAUCCACCGAUACGCAAAAUACUGCUAUCGUAGGAACGAACCCAAGUAUUGAUAAGAAGGGAGAGGCUCAAGUUGGUACAAAUGCAUCGCAGCCGAAUGUACCUCGCACAGAUGCUAGUGUGAAUGUAUCGGAUACACCUACCGUGAUAGUAGCACCGGGCCCGACGCUCCCAGCGGACACUAUGGCAACCACGAACCCGUACCAGAUGCCUUCUCGCCAGGUACAUAAAUCCGCUGCCGGGAGGCCCAGCAACUCUUCGGUCCAGCAUAAAGAUGCAACCACCAGUCACACCCUUCAAGUUACUGACUCCAGCACAAGCACAGCUACCGCAGCACUAGCGAGUGAGAGUGUCGGUGCGAAUAACCACACGAUACAGGAACACACAUUGGCGGAUCACAACUACACCUCACCCUCCCGCACAAACAUGUCGAUUGGGUCCAGUCCUGUCCUGGAAAACAAGACAGGUGUACCGGGCGCAAACCUACAGGCGCACAGAGCCAAUCUGGCUGUGGCACCGCACACACAAACCCAGGACCACAAACCGACUCAAACACAGCCAAAUACGCCUGUACAGGCCAGUAGACCUGCACAGGCACACGUGCAAGCCCUUACAACAUUGACACGAACAACCGAACACGGGCAGACUACACAGCCACACACACAAGCACAACAGCACACACAGACACCGUCAUUGACCACUACCAGUGCACAGAGCGUGCCUGUUGGCAGUACAGUGCACAGCGAGAAGGUGGCAUGCUCUACCACACCGCCAGUGAGUGCUGGAGCGGCGGAGAGAUAUGUGAGCGCAGCUACAAUGGGUGCAACCGGUACAACUGCUCCACCACAGUACACACAGUCGUCUAAUCCUGGGGCUGGGGCCAAUGCAGGUACAGAUGCCGGUGCGGUGCAGGGCACGGGGGCUGGCCAGACUGGGGUGGGUCUGAGAACUUACAGUGGUCAUCUACAGGGGAAUCCUCAGACACAGCAACAGGCAGCACAGAACACACAAAAGCAGCCGACAACGGCGCACAACCUGCCAAGACAGACACAGAUGACGGCCCAGCAACAGGCGAAGCCUGUGACUACAUCGAACACGGUGCAGAAUCCAUUAACACACACACAACCACAACAAACACAGCCUGGGCAGCGGCUGCAGACAACGCACGCACAGCAGCAGGUUGCUAAGCAACCACACCAGGCACACCAGCCGCAACAGACUACGCUCACACAGCCGCAACAGACUACGCUCACACAGCUGCAACAGACUACGCUCACACAGCUGCAACAGACUACGCUCACACAGCUGCAACAGACUACGCUCACACAUCCGCAACAGACACCACCUGUGCAGCAGCAGACGUACACCACGCAACAGCACCAGCCACAGUCAGCACAGCACAAACAGGGGCCCACGAAACCGUCCCAGGCCCCGGUGCAAAAUGCGACUCAGGCGAACGCUGUCACCGCUCACAGGAGUACCUCGGGUGUGGCCCAAACUGUGCCCCAAACUGUAGGACAAGGACGGUCACAGACACCGGGACAGCUGCAGGGAGCCACUCAUACAACAGCUCAUACGCAUUUGCAGCAGACACACACCCCUCCACCGCAAACACAACCCCCGUCAAACACACAGACACAUAUACAGACAAAUACACAAACACAUACAAAACAACAUACACGGGCACAGCCGACAAACACAUACGCGCUGCAGCAAACAGGCACGACAGCGUAUGCGCGGUACAACCCCGCGGCACCUGGAACUAGUGCAACUACGUCACCUGUGGUGACAGCCAACGGCCACAUGGGUGCGAAUGCGAACGGGACGGUACAUCCGCAACAGCACACAAGCGCGGCCCAAUCAGCUGCGCCAGUAUACACAGGGCAGAUGCAGAACACAGGCACAGCGAAUACUAGUACGGUUAGCAUGGUCAAGGGAACUAGUAGUCCCACGGCGUAUAUGGCCACUACUACAGCACCUAUGGUAUAUAGUACGGCGGUAGGCGCAAAUAACUACAGACCUGGUACCGCACCUAUAUCUACCGCACAGGCUGCGGGCGUUAGACGGGGUUCUGCACAGUCGAUGAAUAGUGGCACUGCCGGGACUACCUACACAGCUACGAAUGGAAAUGUAGGUACCAAUGCGUACAUACACACGAAUGCGAAUACAAAGACGAGCAUGAAUGCCGGUAGUACAAAUAAAACCCCGGGUGCAAGUACACCGACGGGUGUGGGGAUGAGUGCAAAUGCUGCCACGGGCACAGGAACAACCAGUACGAACGUAUACAGUGCACCGGCGGCCACACAGUCUUACAAGCCCCCGGGCGAUACUUCUCGGACAGCUGCGGGAUAUACUAAUCCAAACCAGAAUACCAACCCAAACUCAAACACGAAUAACACAAAUACUACUCCGGGUGCAAAUGCGUACCAGAACUCGAACACCAAUCCGAAUCCGAAUCCAAAUUCAAAUUCAAAUACAAAUACCAACACAAGCACAAACACGAAUUCAUAUGCAAACACCGCAUAUGCCCGGCCCCCAACGGCUCAGGGGGGUGCCACAGGCAAACAGUCGAGUGCGACAUCCACAUACCCAGCAAAUACUACGGUGAAUGCUAAUGCAGCUGCAACCGGUGCACAGACUAAUACAUCAGCAACUACGGCCACCUCGGCCGCCACAACGACUGCGUAUAGUCGCGGCUACAAUCAGCCUGCGGUACAACGCAGGGUGGUAUCUAUUCCAGGCAUGAUGCCUAUGCCCACAGUACUACCGACCACGCAGCAGAAGCAGCAACAGUUGGGCGACAGUCUGCGUUCCGAAUACAAAAAAGUGGUAGGUGAAAUCCAGGUGUUGGAAGCCAAAAAAGCCAAACUCGAGAUUGCCAAACGGGCCAACGCCGUGGCAGCCGCCGCGGCGGCUGCGAGUAGCGCUGGUGCGGGCGCCGGCAGUACCACUUUGGGCGGUGUCAAAACGGGACUUGACGAGGCCACGGACCAGGGCCUGGCCAAUUCACAACACCAGAAAGCCGUCGAGAAACUGGCGCUGCUGGGGCAGCAGAAGUUCAGUAUCGAGACGGUGUACCACCGACUGGGCGAACAGAUCAAGAAGCAGGCGGCGCAGCAACUGGCACAGCGGCAGCAGCUGCAGAAGCAGCAGCAGCAGCAGCAGCAGCAGCAGAAGAAACAGCAGCAGAUGCAGGGCCCUGCUAGCAAACCUAAAGGCGAUGGGACCGGUCCUGGGACUGGGACCGGGACGACUGCGGGUGUGAGUGUGGGUGCUGGUUCGAGUACUGUGGGUAGCAUGGGUACUGCGAGUGGGAAUGCGAAUGCGAAUGCGAAUGCGAAUGCGAAUGCGAAUGCGAAUAGCGUUGGGGGUAUGGGUGGCAAGCCUGGGCAGGUGAAUGUUGGGCCCAAUACCAAUACGGGUAUGUAUACGACCACAGGUACGACUACGAAUGCGAGUGCGGGUACUUCACCGGUCGUGGGCGCCACUAUGAUGACCACACAGCAGUACCAGACAUACCAACAACAACAACAACACCAACACCAACACCAGCAGGUGAAGUGUCCCCAGCCGUCUACUGGAACUAACACCAAGCCCCAGCAGACCAAAGCAAAUCCUACUUAUAGCACAGGAGGUCAUCCGCCGAUGCAGACGGCCGGUGUGGCGCAGGGGUACUCACCCACCCCACCGCAACCGCAACCGCAGAAACCGCAGGCUUAUGCGGUUGCAGGUUCCGUGGUAGGCGCGCAGAACAUACCGCGGGCGAAUACCACCAGCAUGCCACACACUGGCAAGGGCGCGCACAUUACGGGAACUAGUACGUAUACGGGAACCAGUACGUAUACUCAGGGUGCGGGCACGUAUACUCAGAGUGCGUAUGAUAUGACUCAGCCUGCUGGGGGAACUGCACAGGCUGGCGGUAAAAAGGGCAAGGUCACGGGUGCCACAGGCCCUGCAGAUACGUUUUCAAUUAUGCGUAUGGCCGGCAUGUUCUCUGAUUGUGAGUGUGACAGGUACGUUUUUCCAGUUAUGUUUGAGAUAGUUACGGUCUUAGACGCAAUACGGGCCUCAAUGCUACCCACACCAACCCCGCGAAACCCUAUCACCAACACUACUACUAUAACUACUACAGCUACGGCUACAGCCACAGCUACAGCCACAGCCACAACGGCAAAGACCAAAGGAAAGGCGGGGACAGCCAAAGGCGGUAAGAAGACCAAGCAGACUGCUGCUGCUGCGAUGGCUGCGAAUGCUGCGGGCACAAAUGGGAAUGGAAUGGGGGGCCACGGUGUAAAUAGCGCAACUACGGCGGCUGGGGGGGUUAAGGCGAAGAAGGCUCGGAAGAACACGCUCUCGAGUAGCUCAACAGCCACGGCACCUGCGGCGACGGGUGUCGCUCAGACCAAUGCUGGAGACACAGUCGCAUCCAAGUCAAGUGCUCCGAAAGUCAGCCCAGCUGUUGCAGCUGCCAAUGCACCCACGGCGAAGGCCGCCAGUGCGGCUCUGACGAAGCAACAGCAGAAAUUGCAACGCGAAAAGGACCGGCUACUGCAGCAACAACGGAGGGCCCAGACAGAGCUCGAUAACAAGCGUCAGGCUAUGCUCGCCAUUGCACAGAUAUUACUAUAUAUUGCCGACGACUUCAUUGACAGCGUGACUAUGUUUGCCUGCCAAUUGGCCAAACAUCGAAAUGCCAAAAAGCUUGAUGCCAAGGACAUCCAAUUGCAUCUAGAGCAAAAUUGGAAAUUCAAGGAGGAUUAAAUUGGAAAUGCAAGGAGGAAUGUGGCGUCGUAGCGCCGGGUCAAGCGCCAAUUAAAAUCGGGUCUUUCCCAUCCGAGACAAAAACUUAGUACUGGCUACUUCUGAGGCCAUUGAUUUAGGAACAGAAAUUAAAAAUUUCGAAAAGUG